AGCAAAACAAUUCCUGCGGCUCCAGCAGCGAUCCCUGCACCGGGCUCGGCUCCCGAGUCAUUAAAACGCUUUAGCAAAGGGUGGCUCAGCCGCCCCCGGCCAUCGGGACAGGGUAUAAAACCCCUCUCCACCCUGGCAACUCCUCACUGCCUCUCCCGACUCCUCCUCUCCGCCUCUCUGACCCCGCAGGCUCUCCCGGGCGAUGGCUUCCACCCAGCUGUCCUGUGCCACCCCCUGCGAGCCCAAGUGUCCCCAACCGCUGGCCAGCAGCACCAACGAGCCCUGCGUGGUGACCUGCGGCGACUCGCGGGUGAUCAUUUACCCCCCGCCCGUGGUGGUCACCUUCCCGGGGCCCAUCCUCACCACGUACCCUCAGCAAACCGUCGUGGGAGCCUCGGAGCCCUCGGAGGUGGCCCUGGGCGAGCCCCCGGCCGCGCCCGCCUUGCCCGCCGAGGUCACGGCUGGCGACAAAGUGGCAGCGCCGGUGCUGGCCCGUCCCGAGCCGCGCUGCGCCCCCAAAUAUUCCUACAGCUACUCCUCGCAAUGGACUCAUCCCUGCAAUUCCUACCGCUCCGGGAAGCGCUGGACGUGCUGAGCGCGGGGAACGGGCAGCGAGGGAAAUCCCGGGUGGAAUCCCGGCUGGAAUCCCGGCUGUCCUUGGCUGUGCAGCUGCGGCGGCGGCCCCGGGGCUGCUCCGGCUCCUCCCAGGAGCUCAGCCCCGGCACAGGCGGGCUCGUGUUGCAAUUCCUCGGUUUUUCCCCUUAGUUUAGAGCUGUUCUCUCGCAGCUUUGCAGCGCAGUCGCCUGCUUCCGCCGUGCUUUGGCUUAUCCCCAAAGUGCUUUUUUACUGGCGCUGAGCUUGGAGAGGUGACUUGAAAUGCUCGGAAUUGCACGCGGCAACGCUGCCAAAAAGGGAAAUUCCCCGUUUUUACAGGCGGCAUCACUUGGAUGGUGGUGAUUUGCCAGAGCCUCGCUGAACCCCCGGAACGAUGCUCUUUGUUUCCUGUACAGUUUUGUUCCACAAUUGUAGGAAAGCUUCUCUUUCCAAAUAAAUUUUCUCUACCGGAA